UACAGUACAUCUGUCUAUCGGACUAAUGGCGACUUGUUACGCACUGGAACAUAAAGGGACAAAAUCAGGUCGUGGAUAGGAAAGUCGGGGUUGGUAAGAAAUACAAAACAGCAAUCGCAGAACAAGCUGUGGAAGAUAUAAAGGGGAUUACAAUUCUGAAGCAGAUACAGUUGAGAAGUUAAGUAAGUGGACGUAUCUGGACUUUACAUCUGGAAGGGAUUGUUGGCCAUUUCGAAAACGAACAGGAUUUUAUCACUGUGUCUUUGACCGAGAACAUGAUGCAAAGAUUCAAAAAUCGUGCUAUGCCCUAAGUCAGAUGCAGUCUUUGCUGCGCAAAGAAAGCUGCCAUGGAAUGUGAGUUCAAUGUCCAGGCCCAUAUUGCAAAUUACGAGACUGAGGGAAGCAAGUGUUAAGACUACACAGUGAUAGUAUAUUCAACUGGAACUCACCAUGGCAUCUGAUGCCAGCUACAUGCUUGAGGCAGCCUUGGAGCAGAUGGAUGACAUCAUUGCAGGCACCAAGGUUGCAGCUGAAUAUACAAAUGGCAUGUAUGAUAUACGAUCACCAGUUUCGCAGCCUGGUUUUGGCUCAUUACCAGUUUUAGAACUAAUGGAACAGCUAAGGAUAGCCCUGAUGUUGGUGUCUGAUGCAGUAGAGAGAGAGCGGUUACGGAAUCAGGUUCCAGAAGCGACAGCAAAUUAUCUUAAAGACUGGCUGAUAAACCAAACAGCAAUAAAUAAUGAAACCUAUCAAGAUCGACUGGCACGCUUAGAGGGAGACAAGGAAUCAUUAGUUUUACAGGUGAGUGUCCUAACGGACCAGGUGGAGGCACAAGGAGAAAAGAUCAGGGACCUAGAAACCUCUUUGGAAGAACACCAUCUGAAACUAAAUGCUACUGAAGAAAUGCUUCAACAGGAACUUUUAAGUCGAACAUCUCUUGAAACUCAGAAACUGGAUUUAAUGACUGACGUUUCAAAUCUUAAACUAAAGCUGGUUGGAAUGGAAAAGGAGCAGGCAGAAUGUGAAGAAAAACAUCAAAAAGCUGAGUCAGUAGUGAAUCUGAUCACUGAGUUGCAAGAGCAGAUGUGCAAAUUACAGCUGGAAAUCGGUAGGAAAUACCAGGAGAGAAAUACCCAGAGUAGCCAAGGACAAGUCAUUACUAAAAGUCCUCCUCAUGGUUCAAACUCUGACAUUACUGGAUGCAGCCAAGAACAGCAGUGCUGCUGUGGCAGUGACAACGGAUUACUUGUGGAGCUCCGAACACUUAAAAGUAAAGUAGACGAACUUCAGAAUGAGAAGUCCCAAUAUGAAUGGAAACUUAAAGCAACAAAACUUUCUAUCUCUUACUCUCUCCAUGUCUGUUACCAGACUCUAACGGCCAGACUCACUAGACUGAAGGGCACUGUUGAACACAUGCAGGUAGAGAAACAGCAGUGGGAAGACAAAUGCAGAUCUAAACAGACAGAAAUAGCACAGCUUCAGGAGCAGCUAGCAUUAAAAGAUGCGGAGAUCGCAAGGCUACAGCGCCAGAUAUCAAUGAGGAAUUCUGCAGACUUGCAAAGUUCAGAGACAGGAGAGCUAUAUAGAAAAAGUUUAAGAAAGAAAUAUCAAGAAGUCCAGAGACUGAAAACAGGAAUGGAUUCCCUUAUAGCUGCAAAUGAAGAAAAGGACCGUCGAAUUGACGAACUAACUUUACUAUUAAACCAGUAUUUAAGGAUAAAAGACAAAAUAAUAACUGCUCAUGGUGUUCCUGGAGGAAUUGUGCUUGGCAGCAGUGAGGAUGAAUUUGGUAGUAAUUUACGGAAGCAAAGUCCCAUUGGAGAUAUCCAAGUGGAACAAGCAAGACUUGAGAGGUUGUCAAGGGGAUCUUCCUCCUCGGUAUUCUCCCAUCCUUCAUUGUCGAGGGGAUCAUCUCCCACAGUCGUAUUGCAUCCUUCCUCACCCUGCAGGCUCGAGUUCAGCAACAAUGUUCAGGUACCUUCAGAAGUCUCUUCUCAUUCACAUGAGAGUAACGGAAUCAAACAAAAAUUCCAUCGUAUGCUGUCGAACAGUUUGGAGGAGCUACAGAGUGGUACAGUGGACAAGUCUGCAACUUCCAAUCAUGUAGAACAGAAAGCCGUAGUGACUGUUGUAGAUCAAGAGUCUGCAACUUCCAAUCAUGUAGAACAGAAAGUCGUAGUGACUGUUGUAGAUCAAGAGCCUGCAACCUCCAAUCAUGUAGAACAGAAAGCUGUAGUGACUGUUGUAGAUCAAGAGUCUGCAACUUCCAAUCAUGUAGAACAGAAAUCCGUAGUGACUGUUGUAGAUCAAGAGAACAAGAUAUACCUGGAAGAUAAUAAAUACCAGACCUUACCUGGAAAAUUUCACCAACCAAAGAAGAAUCCAGAUGAUGACAAAAUGAAAGUACCCAAUUCACAGAGUGUUCAGGAAGUGACUCAAGAAACCGAAGACAGCAGUUCCUCCAACCUAAGAGAAACAGACAAAAGUGCAGACUCUACUCUGAGCUCCAGUGAUGUUUCACCUCGGUCGUCUGGAACAGAGUCUGGUCUACAGUCUCCAGCAUCACCAGAAUGCAAGAAAAAUCCAAAAGGCAUCAAAAAGUUUUUUGGAAAAAUCAAAAGAACGCCAUCUGGUACCCUUCAGGCAGACGAGGCCAGUACAUAUGAGUUUCGAAGAGGUGGCUUACGUGCGACAGCAGGACCUUGCCUGUCCAGGCCAAAAGACACAUACCAUCCCAACAGAAACAGUAAUGUUCCAUUUGCUCAGUGGACUACAGAUCAGGUUUGUGGUUGGUUGGAACACUUAGGCCUUGGUCAGUAUGUUAACCUUGCACGACACUGGGUGAAGUCUGGACAUACGUUAAUAACAGCAACACCUCAAGAUCUGGAAAAGAAUGACCUUUUGUUUCUGAAAGUUACAAGCCAGCUUCACCAUCUCAGCAUUAAAUGUGCCAUUCAUGUUCUACAUGUAAAUAAAUUCAACUCAAACUGCCUGCGACGCAGACCAUCAGACGAGAAUAAUAUUUGCCCAUCUGAAGUUGUGCAAUGGUCCAAUCACAGAGUUAUGGAAUGGUUAAGAUCAGUGGAUUUAGCAGAAUAUGCACCAAACCUUCGAGGAAGUGGAGUUCAUGGCGGUCUCAUUAUUCUCGAACCUCGUUUUAAUGCCGAUACCCUGGCGAUGCUUCUGAACAUUCCUCCACAAAAAACACUUUUGCGGCGCCAUUUGACAACAAAUUUCAAUGUGCUAAUAGGGUCUGAGGCACAGCAAGAGAAAAGAGAAAUUAUGAGGUCCUCCAGUUACACACCUCUGACUACAACUGCAAAGGUUAAGCCAAAGAAACUAGGAUUUUCACAUUUUGGAACUCUGCGUAAAAAGAAGGGUGAUGACUCAACAGAUUAUAUUUGUCCUAUGGAUACAAAUCAGUCAGCAUCAAAUGGAAACCAGAAAGAGUAUAGAUUAUAUAAAAGAAUAAGCCCGAUUUCUGAUGUGGAAUUGGACAAUGCAGAACAGAUGGGGAAAAACAGCUGACAUAUAUCAGCAUUUAUAAUACGCACUCAUAUACGACUGCAAACCCUUCCACAUCAGCACAAACCUGCAGCUGCCAUAUUACAGAUAUCAGGAUUCUUGUUGACAUUUGUUUUUAAAACUUUCACAGACAUUUCUCCGAAUAAAAUAACUGCAUUAUUUUGUACACAAGAGUAACUGGGAUUCUGGAAAUAGCUCAGUCUAAUGCCAACUAUAAUUUUUACGCACAUGUUUAUUUUCUUGUAAUAUACUACUAUUCAUAAAUAAUUUAAUAUUUUAAACAUAUACAGAAAUUUGGCAUAUCAAGAGUGUUAAGUCAGUUCAGAAAUCUGAACAAAAUUAUCUUUGUAUAAACUGCAUUAUAUUAUUUUAAGCAGACAGGUGAAUUGUCUUUGUUUCUUUGAUCUGUGUAAAAUUAGCUGUGCAACAUUUGCACAAUAAGAAUGUAUGAUGGUUUUUAUGUCUUAGUCUUAUUGAAAGGUUUAGAAGAUUAAUAAAUGUAUAAUGGAAACACUACAUAUUUUCAAUAAACUGGAGUCUAAUGAUUUCA